AUGGCUACCUUACUGAGCACGCGGAUCUUCUUCACCCGUGCACUGGCAGCAGCAUCCAGCGUCGGACGAUCCUUAGGUCAAUAUGCACCAUCGCUGAACCGGAUGUACGAGCCAGAUUAUCUCGAGUCCGAAAACAUUAUCUUGCAGCUGCUGAAACCGAAAUAUCCGCUGUAUGAAACGCUGAACCUUACCAUCAAAGGGUACGAUUAUCCGUUGCUGGAAAGCUACCAAAAGUUCAUCCACAACGUCGCCGAUUCGAUGGAUUUGGAGAUAGCCGAUGCUUACGCACAACCACCGCAAAAGUUGAACGUGCAAAAAUUCAAACCAAACUCUAGCGUUAUUGAUAGCGAGUACAAGCUGACUGUGUACGAACGUACGGUACAGGUGGAAAAGGUACAGGCACCGCUUUAUCCACUGUUAUUGCGUACGCUGCAGGCGGCUCUUCCCGAGGGUGUCACGUUGAAGGUGACGGAGCAUACAUGGGAGCAGGAGGAAGCACGUUACGUACCAGAUCGGGACCUGAAGGAAUUGAAGCAGCAGCUUGACGAAAUGGGCGGUGCAUCGAAGAAAAAAUAAAGCAAACUAUAGAUAUGUUGGCAG